CGCUGGGCGCCCCGGCCCGCGUCGCCAACGGUGCUGCGGCGCAGCCCCGGAGCUGACCUUCGACGUUCGAGUCGGGCUCCGACAGCGCGGCGGAGUCCCCGAGCAUCAUCCUCCUUUGACUCUUGGGGGCUCCAAAGGGACCUCUCGCUUGGCACCGGGGGUGUCUGCGCCCGCCGCCCGCCCCAAUUGGCUUUACGGCAUCUCGGCCCUGGCUCCAGCUCCGGCUCCGGCGAGGGUCAUGAAGCUGGAAGCCAGCUGUGGCACAGCCACCUCAGAGGUCACUAAGCCAGAAAAGGAGGCUGUCCGAGAUGCAGAGCCAAGCUCUGAAACCCGGCCACAGGAGGUGGAGGCCAAGCCCAGGUCCGGAUCGGGGCCUGAGGCUGAGGCCGAGCCAUUGGACUUCGUGGUAGCCACGGAACGGGAGUUUGAGGAAGUGCUGGCCAUCUCAGGGGGCAUCUACGGCGGCCUGGACUACCUUCCCAGCCGCUACCACAGCUGGCUCCGGGACCCCGACCGCACGGUGGUGCUGGCCAAGCGCAACGGAGGCGUGAUCGCGCUGGAGUCGGUGAACAUCCUGUAAAAUGAAAUGUAUUUAGAUUGCUCCCCCAUUUGAGUCCUUGUUCAUCUUGCCUGGGAGCGCGGGAAGGGCGUGGCCGGGCUGCUGCAGCGCUUCUGCUCGCAGCUGGUCAAGCGACAGCACCCGGGGGUCAAGGUGGCACGGCUCACCCGGGACGACCAGCUGGGCCCCCGGGAGCUGAAGAAAUACCGCCUAAUCACCAAGCAGGGCAUCCUUUUGGUCCGAUUCAACGCGUCCGCGCUGCUGGCCAGGCUGGGCGCGCGGCUGGCGGCUCUGCGGACCUCCGGCACCUUCUCACCGCUGCCCACCGAGGCCGUGUCCGAGGCAGGCGGCGACGUGGCACGCCUCCUGCUGUCGCCCUCCGUGCAGCGUGAAGUGCUUCCGGGCGGGACCAUCAUCCAGGACUGGCAGCCCUACCGGCCUAGCGAGAGCAACCUGCGCCUGCUGGCGGCCAAGGGCCUGGAGUGGCGCGUGGACAGCCGCGCGCGCCCGCGCGUGCUCACACUGUGCACGCGCCCCUUCCCCAUCCCGCACGGAGGGGACGGCACUUGGCGCUAUCUCAACAUCGACGCCUUCGGCAGCGACGGCGCGCAGGUGCAGAGCCAGCUGCUGUGGCACCUGCAGCGCCAGGUCCCGCGCCUCGCCGGCCUCAACGUCAUGUGCCAGCUCUUCCUGGAGCCCCAGCUGUGGUCGCAGCUGGCUGACUUCUGCCAGGCCGGGCUGGGGCUGGAGCUGGUGAAGGGUUAUACUGAACAGUACCUGCUGGAGGCCGACAUCUGAGGCCUCUCCUCUGGCGGGGAAUGGGAAAAAGAAGUACUUUGGACCCGCCCUCUUCCACAGUUUCCCCCACCAACCUCUCUCCUGCCAUUUCCGACGCUGCAUCCCCUGGGAAGUCCCCUCUGAGUCCUGCCCUCCUGCCGUUACCGGCGCAGGUCCCCCCACUCUGUCCCUUUUCCCCUUACUAUCUUGCCUCUAGCUCCCACAAA